UCCUAAGGCGGCUGCGGGCUUCUGCCGUUCGCCCUUUCCGGAUUCAAACCCAGGAAAUGUGCGUCACGAAGGGGCGGGACUAUCGGGUAGUAGUGUUGCCGAGUCGCUUAGCAACCAGGAGGCUCACCUUUGGAAGCUUGUAGCGGCUCAAGCCUCGGGUCCCAGUCCUCUUCCCGCCCCUCCCCUCCCCUAAACUCCCUUCACCUUGGAGCUGCCAAACAUCUGGAUCGCUCUGGGCACCACGAGGGGUUGGAUUUAAACCUGUAACUCGCUUUUUUUACAUUUUUCCCUGACCUCCUGCUCACAUCUGUAAAGCCCACUGGUUUGUCUACCACACUUUUGAUAAGAACAAAAACGUAUCCUGGGAAGAUGGUGGCAGAAAAAGAGACCCUGACCUUAAAUAAAUGCCCAGACAAGAUGCCGAAGAGGACCAAACUGCUGCCACAACAGCCGCUCCCGGUGCACCAGCCUCAUUCCCUGGUUUCUGAGGGCUUCACAGUCAAAGCCAUGAUGAAAAACUCAGUCGUACGGGGUCCUCCAGCUGCGGGGGCAUUUAAAGAAAGGCCAACCAAGCCCACGGCAUUCCGAAAAUUUUAUGAGCGUGGAGACUUCCCAAUCGCCCUUGAGCAUGACUCGAAAGGAAACAAAAUUGCCUGGAAGGUAGAAAUUGAGAAGCUGGAUUACCACCAUUACUUGCCUCUGUUUUUUGAUGGGCUAUGUGAGAUGACAUUUCCCUAUGAGUUUUUUGCUCGGCAAGGAAUCCACGACAUGCUGGAACACGGGGGAAACAAGAUUCUACCUGUCAUUCCACAGCUCAUUAUCCCGAUAAAAAAUGCCUUGAACCUCCGAAACCGACAGGUUAUCUGUGUCACACUCAAGGUCCUCCAGCAUCUAGUUGUGUCAGCGGAGAUGGUGGGCGAAGCGCUGGUGCCUUAUUACCGUCAGAUUCUCCCAAUUCUGAACAUCUUUAAGAACAUGAAUGUGAACUCCGGGGAUGGCAUCGACUAUAGCCAGCAGAAGAGGGAGAACAUUGGCGACCUGAUCCAGGAGACAUUGGAAGCCUUCGAGCGUUAUGGAGGGGAGGAUGCCUUCAUCAACAUCAAGUACAUGGUACCCACCUAUGAGUCAUGCUUGCUGAACUGACAGGGCAGCUGCAGAAGGGAUCCUCCCCUGGUGCCACAGUCAUCUGUCUCUGCUGCUCCUAGCGUCUCAUUACUUGUGACUUCUACAGCUCUUUUUCUACAGCUGCAAACAUUGUGGCCUCUGGGCCAUAAGACUAUUAGCCUUAUUGAGAGCACAGCUUUCAGAUACAUAAAUAGUGCUUGUUUCUUAGAUUACAAUAGUGUACUGUGCUUUUUUUUCCAUGAGGAGAAUUGCUGCUUUAUCCAGCUCAGAUGGAGGCAGGGGUUCCCGAGUUAAACCUUCAGUUGUACAGACAAUAAAAUUAUAAUUUUCAUAUGCAAUUCUGAAAUUGCUGUGCUGUGUCUGCCUGCCCUGAGGGUGAUACCAGGGGCUGUAAGGAAGAGUUUGUGCUGACUGCUUAAUAGGUGUUUGUCAUGGAAGAGAAGCAUCACUUCGGCACUGCUUCUCC